AUGUCCGCCUGCUACAGGAAUAAUGGGUAUGAGGAAGACCCAGAUUACCCUGAGUAUUCAGCAUCUUGGAACCGCAUGCGAGGGUAUUUGAAAACUCAGGAUCAUCCGUAUUCUUCAGAUCCUCUGAACAACUCAGAUUUCUCUAAAACCAGAAGCGACCCAUACUCUGCAGGCUCCAGAAGUUCAGACUAUCCCAAAUCUCUGCCUGAGCCAGAUUAUAAUGAAUCUUGGAGCAGUCCAUACCAUCCAGGCUUAUCCAGAGAGCCAGACUACUCUGAAUCUCAACAAAACCCUGACUUUGCAGGUUCCAGAAGCAAUGGAAACUAUGCAGGCUCCAGAACAAAUGCUGCUUAUUUUGGCUCCUUUGGAGAACCAGAUUAUCAUGGAGCUCAGGGAAACUCUAACCGUCUUGGCCCUAGAGUCAAUUCCAACCAUCCAGGCUCCAGAAGGAAUCCAGAAUAUGCUGGUUCCAGAAUCAAUCCAUACAGAGACACACUGGGAGAGCCUGAUUAUCUAGUUGCUGCGAAUCAACCUAACUCUUCAAACAGUUUUGGGAAACCAGACUAUCCCAAUGCUGAGGACUAUCGGAACUCUCCAAACUUUUGGGGAGAGCCUGAUUACACAAAUGCUGAGGAUGCUCGUGAUGAUGGCUCUUUAAAUGACCAGACUCUGCAGAUGACCAGGGAGGUGCUCAGCCAAACAUCUUCAAUCCAGCCUUCAUCUCAUCACGGGGGUGAUGGCCCCUUAGGCAUCCUUGUGAGAGAGAAUGAGUAUUACCCCGAAAGCAUUGAAAUGAGAUCCAUGGAGAUGGGCAAUCCAUACGGCCACUCUGUGUCAGGUGCUCCUGGCAGCGGCUAUGUGAACCCUGCGUAUGUGGGUGAAAGCAGCCCCGGCCCAGCUUAUGGAAACCCACUGUAUGGAAGUGACUGGCACAAGUCACCCCAAGGACAAAAGUUAAUUGCAUCUCUGAUAGCCAUGACAUCUAGAGACAGAAUGAAAGCCAUCAGGAAUCAGCCGAGGACCAUGGAAGAGAAACGGAACCUUAGGAAAAUGGUCGACAAAGAGAAAAGCAAGCAGCCCCAUCGUACCCUUGAACUCAGCUGCUGUGCUCAGUGUCUGAACUCCAUUUCACUGGCGUACCGGAGGCCCAGGAGCGGCCUGUCGGAGCUGCUCGAUUCCGUCAGCCUGUGGCAGAAGACGCUCAAAGUCAUCGGAGGCAAGUUUGGAACCAGCGUCCUGUCCUAUUUCAACUUUCUGAGGUGGCUUUUGAAGUUCAACAUUUUCUCGUUCAUCGUGACCUUCAGCUUCCUCAUAAUCCCUCAGUUAACCGUGGCCGAAAGGAACACCCUCCAGUUCACCGGACUGGAAUUUCUAACGGGGGCGGGUUAUUUUAGGGACACGGUGAUGUACUAUGGCUUUUACACCAAUUCUACAAUCCGGCACGGGAUCGGUGGCGCAUCUUACCACAUGCAGCUGGCCUACAUCUUCACGAUCGGAGUCUGUUUGGUCAUCUGCCUUUUCAGUUUGCUGUUCAGUAUGGCCAGGUAUUUCCGGAACAACUUCAUCAACCCUCACAUUUACUCCAGAGGGAUCACUAAACUUAUUUUUUGCUGGGACUUCACUGUCACUCACGAAAAAGCUGUAAAGCUGAAACAGAAGAAUCUUAGCACCGAAAUAAGGGAGAACCUGUCAGAAAUCCGUCAGGAGAAUGUCAAGUUAACACUCAAUCAGCGGCUGACCCGCUUGUCUGCCCACCUGGCUGCCUGGGUGGUCUCUACUGGAGUGGCUGUUGCUUGCUGUGUAGCUGUUUAUUACCUGGCUGGGAACAACUCAGAGUUUCUGGAGAACCACAGGAACCCCGGGGCAGUGCUGUUACUGCCUUUCGUCGUGUCCUGCAUCAACCUGGCUGUGCCACGCUUCUACUCGGCCUUCAGGCUGGUGGAGCGGUACGAGACGCCGCGGCAGGAGGUGUACAUGCUUCUGAUCCGAAACAUCUUUCUGAAAAUAUCAAUCAUUGGAAUUCUUUGUUACUAUUGGCUCAACAUUGUGGCCCUGGCUGGCGAAUCGUGCUGGGAAACUCUCAUUGGCCAGGAAAUCUACCGGCUCCUUCUGAUGGAUUUCGUGUUCUCCUUAGCGGAUUCCUUCCUGGGGGAGUUCCUGAGGAGAAUCAUUGGGAUGCAGUUUAUCAAGAGUCUCGGCUUACAGGAGUUUGACAUUGCCCGGAACGUCCUGGAACUGAUCUACGCCCAGACCCUGGUGUGGAUUGGAACCUUCUUCUGCCCUCUGCUGCCUUUUAUCCAAAUGAUUACUCUUUUCAUCAUGUUUUACGUCAAAAACAUCAGCCUGAUGAUGAAUUUCCAGCCUCCGAGCAAAGCCUGGCGGGCCUCACAGAUGAUGACUUUCUUCAUCUUCUUGCUCUUUUUCCCGUCCUUCACCGGGGUCCUGUGUACUCUGGCCAUCACCAUCUGGAGGUUGAAACCGUCCGCGGACUGCGGCCCGUUCCGAGGUCUGCCCUUCUUCAUCCACUCCAUCUACGGCUGGAUCGACACCCUGAGCAAACGGCCUGGCUACCUGUGGGUGGUGUGGAUCUACCAGAACCUCAUCGGCAGCGUGCACUUCUUUUUCAUCCUCACCCUCAUCGUGCUAAUCAUCACCUAUCUGUACUGGCAGAUCACAGAGGGAAGGAAGAUUAUGAUCAGACUGCUCCACGAACAGAUCAUCAAUGAGGGCAAAGAUAAAAUGUUCCUGAUAGAAAAGUUGACCAAGCUGCAGGAUGCUGAGAGGCGAGCAAACCCCACCUCGUCCGCCCUGGAACGAAGAGAUGUGGAGCAGCCAAGCCCUUUGCAUGUCAGGGAACAUGAUGCUGCUCAUGAUCUGAGAUUUAGGCGAUCGGUUCAAGAGGGUAAUCCAAAGGCCUGAUGAUGAUCGUCGUAGCCAGACACCAAUCAAGUAAGGAGAGAAGACGAAAAAGGAACAACUUCUUCCUUGACACCUGGGCCUUUCGGAGCUUUCCAGAGGGGACUUCAGAGCAUUUGCCAGGGGUGGAAACUGACCACAGUGUCAAUCCGGAAGUAAAAUUGGUCACUCUCUGCUGGUACUUCACCCCGAAUUGCAGAUUUUUCAAGAGAAAAUAUUUGGGAUUUUCUAAUAAAAAUUCUUGUCCUAUUUCAACUAGUUCACAAAAACCUGGGAAGAGCAAACCUGGGAAUGAUGUAUUUUAUCUUUAAGACAUGUGCACAUGGAUUAUUGGUCCUUAGAAAUCUCUCCUCCCGGAUCUCCCAGACCUGGCAAAGGUUUGGAAACUGGCACUGAGACUAGUCCAGCCUGACUAAAACUGUCAUCCUCAGCCUGCGCCAUGACACCUCUGGAUUGUGGAACUUGCAUUUGUUCAUGACUCUGAUCUAAAGGCAUCCCAUGUUACCCAGACGCGAAAUAUAACCAGCGGUCUCAUCUGAACUUUACUGCAUAUUGAGUCCAUGAGUCUCUGGGGUCGGACUGGGAUUGGGAGGUGUGUGGACUGGGACUCUGCCCCGUGAGGUUCUAUAAGUGACCGGCAAAGUCUUACACUGAACCAAACAUGAGACCAAUGAUGAUGUGUAGAAUAUAGAUGUAUAUGAGUGUGGAAAGAAUAUAUAUGUGUGUAAUACACACACAAGGCAUGUGACUGUACUUAAAACUGAAGGGUCCAGCAGAAAGGUACAAUUACCAAAUUACUCAGGGGGGAGAAGUCUCCUUUUUGAGUAAUC